AUGGCCAGUCAACUGAUGGGCGAUGCCGCCUUCGCCCUGUUAAGGCGAGCGGCGGAAGACACUGAUCCCGAUGAUGCGCCGGAAGCGGGCUCGAAGGAGAUUACCAGUUCCUGGGCACUGUUCAUCAUGAUCAUGCUACUGAUGUUCGCCCUCUUCACGAGCUACAUCCUGCAGCAGAAGAAGAUCCAAGCUGUGCACGAGACCGUGCUCUCCAUCUUUGCGGGCAUGUUCGUCGGUCUGAUCAUCCGACUCACGCCCAAAUCCAACCUCCAAGAUAGCGUCGCCUUCGACUACCAAUUCUUCUUUAACCUCCUUCUUCCUCCGAUUAUCCUCGCUUCCGGGUAUGAAUUACAUCAAGCGAAUUUUUUCCGCCAUAUCGGCACAAUCCUCACAUUCGCUUUCGCCGGAACGUUCAUCUCGGCCAUCGUGUUGGGUUUGGUUUUGUAUCUGUGGACGCGCAUCCCGCUAGACGGACUGAAUAUCUCUUUCGUGGAGGCUAUUUCCGUUGGCGCGACGCUCUCCGCUACUGAUCCAGUGACGAUUCUCGCCAUUUUCAAUCUCUACAAGGUCGAGCCGAAGCUCUAUACGGUCAUUUUUGGCGAGUCGAUCCUGAACGAUGCUAUUGCUAUUGUCCUUUUCGAGACGGCACAGAAGUAUGCCGAGAGCGAGGCCGGCUCCUUGACUUUUCUCAACCUGUUUGAGGCUUCGGGACUUUUCUUGCUCGUUUUCUUCGGCAGUAUGUUGGUCGGUAUCGUCGUGGGCAUUGUUACGGCGUUGGGUCUCAAGUAUACUUUGGUCCGCCGCAUGCCGAAGAUUGAGAGCUGUCUCAUUGUCUUGAUUGCCUAUGCUAGUUAUUUCUUCUCCAACGGCGUGCAUUUGUCAGGCAUUGUCUCCCUCUUGUUCUGCGGCAUUACUCUGAAGCACUAUGCAUACUACAACAUGUCGCGCCGCACGCAGUUGACCACCAAAUACCUUUUCCAGGUCAUGGCGCAGCUCUCCGAGAACUUCAUCUUUAUCUACCUGGGACUGGAUCUUUUUGUCGAGUCCAACCUGCAAUUCAACCCCCUCUUCAUCCUCGUGGCAGUCUUUGGAAUCUGCCUUGCUCGCUACCUGGCCGUUUUCCCGCUCUCAAAGGCCAUCAACUGGUUCAUCCGCUACAAAGCUCGCCGCCGUGGAGUUGAAGUCGCCGAUGAACUGCCCUUUGCCUACCAGGCCAUGCUCUUCUGGGCUGGUCUGCGUGGUGCUGUCGGUGUUGCAUUGGCGGCCGGUCUGACUGGCGUCAAUGCGCCUGCGCUGCGUGCUACCGUCCUCGUCGUUGUCGUGUUGACAGUCAUCAUUUUUGGUGGCACCACAGCACGCAUGCUCGAGAUUAUGGGCAUCCGUACCGGCGUCGUUGAAGAAAUUGACUCUGACGACGAAUUCGAUAUCGAGGUCACCCACGGAGGUACCUACUACAAACGCUCCGACACAGCACUGGGCUACACCCCUCGCGCCGACUCCACCAUCCCUCUCGAUGGCCUCGGUGGAUCCUCGCGAGCGGGACUCGGCCAGCGUGCAGACAGCUACUCGUCUGGCAACAACCAGCGACCUAGCCCGCCUCACGGCCACACGCGGAUGUACUCAGCCGCAUACAGCCAAAAGGACGCACAAUCGCGACGCGACCGUUCAUCCACAGCAACUCUGCUAAACGGUGGCGCCAACGUAGACGGCCAUAGCCCCAGCAUCAACGGCAGCGACGACGAAUUCGGCCUCCCGCCCGCAGGCAAGAACCAAUCGACAACAGUCGCGCAUCCAGACGAGUUCGACCUAGACCUAGACGCCGGCUCAGACGACGACCUGCCACCCGCAGCAAGCAGCUCAUCUCGUCUCCGCCGCUCCCCGUCACACCCAACCCCCACAGGAACGCACACCCCCUCGCCGAACCCAGGCCCCUCCGCAAGUGUUUCCCCAGCCCGCCGUGAGCCAACCCUCAGUGCCCGUGACGCCCUUCGGGAUCUGUGGCAAGGCGGUGCCUCGGGCGACCACGCCGCGUGGUUUAGGCAGCUCGAUGAGGAUUAUAUCAAGCCGAAACUUCUGCUUGAUCAAUCGAACCAUAAGGGUCCCGGACCUGGGGCUGUGUGA